UUGUGCAUUCACGCGUGAAUUGUUAGUUUAGCCAUUCAAUUUUUCGGUCGUGUCAGAGUUAACAUAACUUCGUAUGAGUCAUCAAUAAGUAAAAACACUGCAAUAAAUUGGAGACCGAAUACAUUCUUAAUCAAUAGAGUAGUAAUCAAGCUGGUACCAGAGUUUCCAUGACGACAAACAGUCGGGCUAUAAAUGUCAGACGCUCAUAAGGCUCGAACGGAGGACGUGCUGCGAGGAAAGAAGAUGUACAGUGGCAAUGAGCGCGUUAAAGACCCCAAUAGAUUAUAAAAGCUUAGAAGAGGAGCUUCACGCGGCUCUCGCUGCCGAUGAAUUGUACAGAUUACAGAACGACGCUAAGAUUCGUGCAGUUGAACAAGGAGUACCGACGUACGAGCACUUCAGGCAAAUGGUAAAUGGUGCUCAUUUGAGACCUCUGGAUCGCGAUGAUACGAAACCCAAGAUCGGAGUGCAGUGGAAUCCUAUGAUUAAUACUAACACAUCUCAUGGUUCGGUAGUAUCUGCAAUCCCGGAAAACCCGAAACUCGAUAAAGAGUACAACAAAAAUGUUACGAAGAUAUCUCCAGAAACAUGCGAAGGCUUCUUACAUUUUUGGACAACAAUCGCAAACUCUUCCGAAAAAUUUACUUACGUAUGGAACCUAAGGAACAUUUUACAGACACACAUUUUCCGAGUAGAAAUACCUGUAUCCUUCUUCAGUAACUUUGUGGAUGUGUGCCUGCAAUACUUAUCAAAUACAGACGACAUAUCGCGAAUCGUAGAACUUCUCAGUAUACUAAGCACGUGUAACAGAUUCGAUCUGGCGAUAUCUUACAAAAGAGCAACAACGGGGAACGAGAAAGCGCAGCGACGCCUCGGUGCGACCGCGAUGAGGCUGGAGGAGAUGCCGUUGCGGCUGAGCUCCGACGAGCGGGACUUUGAAAUGGACGAGGAGACCGACUACCUGCUGCAGCCGUCCGAGGACAGCAUCAGGCAGCUGACGUCGAGGCGACGGCGCAUCACCGAUUGCUCCAAGUACCUGAGGACCUGCCUCUGUGGAUGUUGUACUUGGAUGUGGAGGAGAUGUUGCAAGGAACGGGAGUUACGAGCCAGGGUUAUCCAUAUUGGGCAGCCUAUGCACGAAAAGUUCCCCACCAAUGUUAUUAGAAAUCAAAAAUACAAUGUUGUUACUUUCCUGCCUUUGGUCCUCUUUCAGCAGUUUAAGUUUUUCUUGAACUUGUACUUUCUGCUUAUGGCUAUAUCUCAAUUUAUACCAGAUAUAAGAAUAGGGUACUUGUAUACAUACUGGGGACCAUUGUGCUUUGUUUUAACUGUAACAAUUUUCCGCGAGGCUGUCGAUGAUUUCAGAAGGUACAAGAGAGACAAGGAAGUCAAUGCACAAAAAUAUUAUAGACUAGUAAAGGGUUUUGAUACGCCAGAGUUAGUACCAAGCUCCAAGUUACGAGUGGGUGACUUGGUGAUAGUAGAAAAAGGUCAAAGAGUACCAGCUGAUUUAGUAUUAUUACGCACAACUGAGAAAUCCGGUGCGUGUUUCGUGCGGACCGAUCAGCUGGAUGGCGAAACCGAUUGGAAACUAAGACUAGCAGUGCCUGCAACGCAGAAAUUAGAAAGCAAUUCUCAGUUGUUUGACAUUAAAGCCAGUUUAUACGUUGAGAAACCUCAAAAGGAUAUCCACAGCUUCAUCGGCACCUUCUCGAGGUAUGAUGGAUACAGUAGCGAGGAGAGCUUGGGCGUUGAUAGCACGCUGUGGGCCAAUACGGCUGUGGCAUCGGGCUCCGCUCUCGGAAUUGUCGUUUAUACUGGCCAGGAGACACGAUCUCUGAUGAACCACUCGGAAAUUAGAUCGAAAGUUGGUUUGCUCGAUCAGGAGAUCAAUCAAUUGACAAAGGUGCUGUUUUGCGCAGUAAUAGGACUCGCACUUGUAAUGAUGUGCUUGAAAGGAUUCAGUGGACCGUGGUACCGUUACAUGUUCCGCUUCGUCCUGCUGUUUUCCUACAUCAUACCAAUUAGCUUGCGAGUGAAUCUGGACAUGGGCAAAGCGUUUUACGCAUGGUGCAUACAAAGGGACAAGGACAUCGCAGGCACGGUCGUGAGGACGACCACCAUCCCGGAGGAGCUCGGACGCAUCUCGUACCUGUUGAGCGACAAGACCGGCACGUUGACGCAGAACAAGAUGGUGUUUAAGAAACUGCACCUGGGCACCAUAUCUUACGGCCAGGAGACCUUCGACGAAGUGACGUCGGUGUUGAAGACCUACUACCCGACCGACACGGAGAAUUCCCCGGUGAAGCCGGGGCCGUCGGCGUACAGCGGGAAAGUGCGGAGGUCCGAAAACACCCGGAUUUACGACGCGGUGCACGCUCUGGCGCUGUGCCACAACGUAACUCCGGUGUACGACGAGGUCAGCAGCAAGUCCUCGAAUCUGGACUCGAUGAGCGUGCAAACGGUGGAAACCGGGGAUACAGGCUCCAUUCAAAGCCAGACGGAGGCGGAUCAGCAUUAUUAUUUGCCGGAACAGAAGCGGAAUUACCAGGCCUCGAGCCCGGACGAGGUGGCUCUGGUGAAGUGGACGGAGGAGAUUGGACUGGCGCUGGUCAAGCGGAAUCUAAACUCGAUGCAACUGAAAGCUCUAAGCGGCCAGAUACUGAAUUACACUAUACUGCAAAUAUUCCCGUUCACAUCGGAGACCAAGCGAAUGGGUAUAAUCGUGAAGGAGGAGUCUAGCUCGGAGAUCGUGUUCUACUUGAAGGGCGCUGACGUCGUGAUGUCCGGUAUUGUACAGUACAACGAUUGGCUGCAGGAAGUGUGCGAAAAUAUGGCACGCGAGGGUCUCCGAACGUUAGUCGUGGCCAAGAAGAAUCUGACCGAGGACCAGUACCUGGAUUUCGAAGCGAGGUACAACGUGGCGAGGAUGAGCGUGAGCGAUCGCGUGUCGAGAGUCGCCGCGGUGGUGGAGAGCCUUGAAAGGGAGAUGGAGCUGUUAUGCGUGACCGGUGUGGAGGACAGGUUACAGGACAGAGUCAGACCAACCCUGGAACUGUUGAGGAACGCCGGGAUCAAGAUAUGGAUGCUGACCGGCGACAAACUGGAGACCGCGACCUGCAUAGCGAAAUCUUCGCGCUUGGUCUCGCGCACGCAGGGACUGCACGUCUUCAAGUCAGUCGUGACGCGCACCGACGCCCACUUGGAACUGAACACGUUCCGCAAGAAGCAAGAUUGUGCCUUAGUUAUCAGCGGCGAUUCCCUGGAGGUGUGUUUGCAGUAUUACGAGCAGGAAUUUCUGGAGCUCGCUUGCGGCUCGCCCGCCGUCGUUUGUUGCCGGUGCUCGCCCACCCAGAAAGCCGAAGUCGUCAGUCUCAUACAGCGACACACGGGAAAGAGAACGGCGGCGGUUGGCGACGGUGGUAACGAUGUCUCCAUGAUACAAGCCGCGGAUGCCGGGAUCGGUCUCGAAGGUCUCGAAGGAAGGCAAGCAUCACUGGCUGCAGAUUUUUCAAUCUCGCAAUUCAGUCACCUCGCCAAUUUACUACUGGUUCACGGCAGACGAAGUUACAAACGAUCGGCUGCGCUAAGUCAAUUUGUCAUACACCGUGGUCUCAUUAUUUCGACUAUGCAGGCUGUAUUCUCUGCGGUCUUUUAUUUGUCCUCGGUUGCCUUGUACCAAGGCUUCCUCAUGGUGGGAUAUGCAACAAUAUACACGAUGUUUCCCGUCUUUUCAUUGGUAUUGGACAAAGACGUGUCUGGCAAGAUAGCACUUACUUAUCCGGAACUGUAUAAAGAGCUUAGUAAAGGCCGCUCGUUAUCAUACAAAACAUUUUUCAUGUGGGUUUUGAUAAGUAUAUAUCAAGGAGGAGUCAUCAUGUAUGGUGCACUUAUAAUGUUCGAGGACGAAUUCAUUCACAUAGUGGCUAUUAGUUUCUCAGCGCUAGUUUUAACAGAGUUGAUAAUGGUUGCUUUGACGAUUAGAACCUGGCAUCACAUAAUGAUGCUCGCGGAGAUCUUCUCUUUAGCGCUUUACUUAUUGUCAUUGGUCGUUCUCAAGGACUACUUCGAUGCCGAGUUUAUCAAGACAACGGACUUCUUAUGGAAGGUAUUGGUGAUAACAUUGGUCUCGUGCAUGCCGCUGUACAUCUUGAAGUUCUUGAGAAAGAAGUUUUCGCCACCUAGUUACACUAAACUAUCCUAAGCCACGCGCGGAUGUGUCGAUUCGCGUCUGCGCACGUGCGACGAGAAAAAGAGGACGAAACGCCAGCGGCAUUAAUAACGCAGAGGAAGAACGUGUGCAAAAUUCUCUUUCGUUCGUGAUACCACCCACAGUCCAAUUCAAACUAAACAUUGCUUAAUUCAUAGCGAAAUAACGAAAUCAGUGCAUACGUUUUAUAUCAACUAACUAUUUUUCUAACGUUCCGAGCGAAUUUUGUAAUGUUAGUUCUGACGAAGGCUAACAUAACAGGAAAUGCCUGCAUUGUAGAGUACGAGUCUGCAAUGUUCCCAAAUUUUUCAUAGCGUAUUCGAAUUAACAAUGUUCGUUCCGAGCGAAAACUUCGUGUCCAUCGAAGUCCGGACAAGAGUGGAAAAAAGUUGUUAAUAAGCGAAGCCAGUAUUUUACGAUACUUCUUGCGUAAAAUGUUCAAUUCUUCCCGCGAGCUUCUCUGUAUCACACACGUCCUGCUUUACAUUAACUACAUAACUUUUUUUAUAUCUUCUUUAUACUCUCUUUGUUUAUAUAUUAAUUUAUUUAUGUACGCGCAACACCAAAUUCGCAUCUUCCAUUUUGGUGCGUUUGUAUGCACGUAUCGUGGCAUUUAUCUGGUCUUCAUUGUUCAUUUUGUUUUUAAUUAAAAAGGAAGAAAAAGUAUUAAAAAUAUAUGUUUUAAUUGAGCAUAAUCAAUAUUCCUCGGCUAUCGAAUAAAUGAAUCGGGUGCCCACGUGAAUCUAACAGCAUUCUUAAUUUGUAAUAAUAAAAUCGGUGCAUUUCUCUUGGAAAUUGGUUUAGACGUAAUGCGAGAUUAAAGGAUAGAAUUUGAGUGUCAGAGAUGAAACUGUGAUUUUUGCAAACUAAGUCUAAACAGCAUUUUUCGCACUAAUGUUACAAUAUAAGGAACUUUUUUUUUCUCUCAUUCUGAAGCUACUCGAAACAUCAAUUUUUUUAUCUUGUUCCUCAAAAAAAUCUACGCGAAGAGUGCAUAUUCCUUGUUAUCAUUUGCAUCAUCAGUCAUGUGAACUACAUAUAUUAAUAAUAAUAAUGAUAAUGAUACCGGAUUACGUAAUAUGUUUUAUAUUCAUGUAUAUAUUACAAGUAUGUAGAACAUAAUUGUAAUCGUUGUUACAUCUCUAAUGUGGCUAAAGCAUACCACGAAUAAUAUAGCUGUUCCUAGAGGACUUAUUAUUUGCUAUGUACUGCGUUUGUGAUUAAUAAUUUAUUCGCAAAUAAAAUAAUAUAUUCCUUUUUCUGACAUGUAA